GGGGCGAGGACCCGGAUGUUGUUGUUAGCUUCAGCGGUGGAGAUGCAGUAGCUACACAUCUGGAUGUUAUAAAGUGGGCUGAUCUCCACUCACCAUCAAGAUGGCGAGAGACCGAAAGUGCAUCCUCUGUGAAACAGUCCACGUCUCCAAGCAGGAGAUGGAUGAGCACAUGAGAAGUAUGCUGCACCACAGAGAGCUGGAGAAGCUCAAAGGCCGGGACUGCGGACACGAGUGCAGAGUGUGCAAGGUGACAGUGGUGAGCCUGACUGAUUACGCCGGGCACAUUUCCAGUCCCACGCACAAACAGAAUGUGGAGGCUGCAGAGAGGAGGCACGCCGGGAAUGAGCGCGACGAGGACUACUUCGAUCAGGCUUUGGUGCAGCUGGUCGAGAAGAGAAAAGAGCAGAUCAGAAAAGAGAAGGAGGCAGCCGCUGCAAAGCAGGCAAAAGAAGAAGAGGAGCGAAGGAAAAGCGAGGAGCUUCAGCAGAGGUUAAAGGAAGCCAAGGAGCGUUACCGACUGGAGUUCUCCUGGCAGCGACCGCAGUGCUUCGGUGGAUCCAGUCCUCACAGAACCUGGUACAGGAGCAACCAGUACAGCGACAGAGCCGGGGAGGGACAGCCCUGGCAACAGAGCAAACAGGGAAAGAGCGCCACCUGGCACGCACAGGAGCCUCCAAACUUUCAGAGGUGGGUUUCUGAAGAGCUCACCGGGAGGAGCUGGAGCGGUCAGGAGCAUGUGGGGAACAGGCCGGUCAGUCAGGGGGCAGUCCAACAGAACCGGCUGCCUUGGCUGAGCAACGGAGGCAGCAGUAACGGGAUCUACGGUUGCAACAACAUUUCUCAGUGCCAACAAAGAGGCCGUCCUCUGAGCCUGUUUGAGACCCCGUUGUAUCCACCGCCACCCUUUUUAUUUGCACAGACUCCUAACCAGUUUCAAAACGCCCCAGGAAGUCCAAAUCCAGUUCCCAAUGGAGAGGGACAAAAAGCCGAACCGGACCACAACAGCAGCAAGUGCUCCAAGACCUUUGGGAGCAAUCCAAAGCUGGACAAAACCUCUCGCUGGUCCCCCUAUCCAGUCUCAAAGGGGGUUGAAUCUGUGCCUCAUAAGGAUUCAAACUUAUCAGAGAAGCACCCCAAAGUCACCAAACCGCAGCAGCAAGACAAGGCCCCAGAAACCAGUAACAGGCAGUCCCAGCCCGAAUGGAAACCAGGACAGUCUACCCCGAGUGGAAAGAGUCUGGAAGAGAAGGAGAGGCUCAAAACGAACCCCAAAAACAAACAAAGAGAUCGGAGCAGCAGCGGCAGUCGAAGCAGCAGCGCUCAGAGAGAAGACCAACGGGACCCUGCGUCCGGCUCUUCAAAACAGAACGCGAAUAAUCCUUUGCUACAUAAAGACCGAAAGGUGUCAAUGUUUGGCCUUAACAUCGGAAAUAAACUCAGCAGGCCGUCCAGUCAGGCGCCGUCACAGUCAAAAUCAAACACGAGUCAGAGCAGACCCGGUUACCAGGCGCCAGCUGUCGGGCCGCUUCAGUCGAGAAAAGAACGGCAGCUUCCAGAAACCUUCAACAAAGCCAGACAGAUAGUGUUAGAGAAGAGAGCGUCUCUGGACGACAGGGUGGAAACGGCACUGCACAUUACGGAGGAGGAGCAGCAGAGGGAGCGCGACGAGAGUCAGACGGGAGUGAACAAAGAGAACAGCUGCAGGCAGAACGCGGCCAAACCCAAUGUGCCGGACUCUGUGAGGCCGGAGAAGCCGGCGGUGCAGUCUUCAGACAGCAGCCAGUUUCUCCAGUCGUUGCAUGUGAGCACCUCGACCGCCGAGAACCCGGAGGUCGCGGCCUCGAGCGGGAAAGACGAGGGGAACAGGAAGAACAAGGAGGAGAAGGAAACAUGCCAGGAAGAAGCUGUGCAGGCUGUGGAAGCAGCACAGAGCUCGGAGAGCGGCGGUGAAGCACAGCAGCAGCAGGUCUCGGGGUCAAACACAUCGAACCUGUCUAAACUGGAUCUGCCUCCCGUGUUGAAACGAGACCUGACCAAACACAUCAGCUCCAAGAGCAAACCGGGAAGUCACGAGCCCAACCUGAACAUCGCCAGGCGGGUGCGAAACCUGAGCGAGUCAAAGAGGAGCGACACGGAGAAGGGGGACUCGGGGCUCAAACCGACCGUGCGGCAGCUCAUCAGCUCCUCCGGAUCUCGACGCAAUGUGAACUGGGAGCAGGUGUAUCAGGAGGUCAGGAAGAAGCAGGACAAAGGGAAAGGCAUGCCAAGGUUCGGGAUCGAGAUGGUGCCAUGCGACCCGGAAGACCAAAGCCAGGAGGAGGACAGCAUUCCCCUUCUCGAGGGUUUCCAGUGGGAGUCGUUGAUGGACAGCUCCACACCCGCUUCCACCACCAGAAAACGCUCCUUAUCAGAGAGCUCCAUCGCCCCCGCGUCUCUCCACUCGCUGCCUUCAUCCCUCACGUCGCAGGAUGCAGAGUGGGACGAAGAGGUCGGCUCAGUGAAGCAGGAAUUCUCCGCUCCUGCCAGACCUCAGUCGGACGACGGGGACAAAGACGAUCGGCGUCAGCGAGACGUGGAGCAGAUGCUCAGUCGGUUUGAAGCUAAAGCGCAGAAGCAGCCGGAGAAGCUGACGUCGGCGUCCAUGAAGGCGCUGCAGAGGUCCGAUUCGGUGCUCGGGGACAGCAGCUCAGGGGCAGAGCAGUACGACGGUCAGGGGACAGGAAAGAGACGGCGAGGGGCUGCGGAUGUCCCGAGUGCCGAGACUUCCUGUCUGGAACACAACAACAAAAGAAGGAAGGUCAAGUCCAAAAAGGAGCGUUUACAGAUCGACCAGCUGCUUGCCGUGUCUCUGCGGGAGGAGGAGCUGAGUAAAUCCCUCCAGACCGUCGACACCAGCCUGAUCACGGCCCGCGCCGCGCUGCAGGCCGCCUACAUGGAGGUGCAGCGCCUCAUGGUGGUCAAACAGCAGAUGGCUGGAGAGAUGAACACACUGAGGAACAAACGCAUCGAGUUACUCAAAGGGAUGCAAGGAAGCAUGGACGAAGCCCCUCAAGUCAAACUAAAAGAAGAAAGGGGGGAUCCAGUCGUAGCCCCGCCCUGCAUCACACUCCCCCCCGUUACAGACCCCGUUGUUUCUGCUGUCCCCAGUCCUGGUCCUCCUGCUGAGCGUGCCUCCCCACCCUCCUCCAGUCUUCCCUUGGAGCCCGUUUUUAUCAAGCAGGAGCCUCAGUCUCCGGUUUACGUCAGCUCAGACCCUCCGGAGCACGUCUCCCUCUGUGCUCACAGCACCACCCCGGAGCUGCCUGUGGCUCCUGCUGCAGCCCCCCCACCAGACCCCCCCCUUAGUUUCCAGACUUCUCCUGAAGAAAGUCUUGACCUCUACCAGACUAACACAGAGCCUUCAUGGGAGAACUUCUCUGAACCUGCAGACUGCAAAGAGAGUCUGUCAGGACUGGUUGAGACGAUGGAAAAGGCCUCGCAGGCAACCAGGAACUUUGUCGACCCGUCAUGUGACUUCAAGUCCUCCAUAAAGCUCCUGUCCCCCAGCAGGAGGGGCUCUGAGGUGGGCAGUGUGGGUUGUGAUUGCGCAGCGUUACCGUCCUUUGAGCACCCCUCGGUCCUGAAUCUGCCUGCUUCUCCGUCCGAGCUGAGGAGCGGGAAGCGUGUCAGGAAGCUGAAGAAGAGGAAGGUGUUGAAGAAGGCUCAGGGGGCGGAGCAACCCGAGAGCAGCGACACCGAGCUGGACGGGGAGGCGCUGAGGCCGAGGUGGCUGCGACCGCGCAGGAGACCCAGCGGGAGCUCUCAGGUCAGCACGUCCACACUGCCUGUUGAAGACAGAGAGGGAGACGUGAACAUGGAGGCGGGGGAGGAGGAGGAGCCUCAGCAGCUGUUUGAAACCAUCAAACAGGAAAGAGAAGAUUUUAAGCCGCCAAGAAACAUGACCGAGCUUCCCCCCGCCGAGCUCAGGUUGAACUCAGAUCCAGAAGAAAGUAUGGAGGUCACCGCAGACUGUCAGUCCCCCCCCCACGUCUCCUCCACGGCUCAGAGUCUGGCCUGCAACGAGGUCUCCUCCACCAGCGACAUGGACAUCUGUAAAUCCUCUGAGAGUGAUCUGCCGUUUCCCGUCGCGUUCUCCAAGACGAUGAAGACGUCGUCAGACGCUUCAUCCGACCACGGCGAGGACGACCUACCCACUGAGGGCGUGUUCGAGGGCCAUCAGGAGGCUGUGAACGCCAUGCAGAUCCACAACGGGCUUCUGUACACGUGCUCAGGAGACCGCACGGUCCGAGCCUUCGACCUGGUGAGUCAUAAGUGUGUGGGCGUGUUCGAGGGUCACAGCUCCAAGGUGAGCUGUCUGCUGGUGUCCGCUGCGCCCUCUCUGCAUCACCGCCUUUACUCUGGCUCCAGUGAUCAGACCAUCCGCUGCUACAGCCUCAAGACUCACGAGCUGGAGCAGCAGUUCUCUCUGUUAGACCGAGUCCUCUGCCUUCACAGCCGCUGGAAGUUUUUGUACGCCGGUCUGGCUAACGGCACAGUGGUCACCUUUAACCUCAAGACAAACAAGCAGGUGGAUGUGUUCGAGUGCCACGGCCCGCGGGCUGUGAGCUGCCUGGCGACGUCGCAGGAAGGAGCGCGGAGGAUCCUGCUGGUCGGCUCGUACGACAACACCAUCAGCGUGAGGGACGCCAAGAACGGGCUGCUGCUGCGCACGCUGGAGGGACACACAAAGACUGUGCUCUGCAUGAAGGUGGUGAACGAUCUGGUUUUCAGUGGUUCCAGUGAUCAGUGUGUUUACGCACACAACAUCCAUACGGGCGAGCUGGUGCGGGUCUAUAAGGGUCACAGUCACGCCGUCACUGUGGUGUCUGUCCUUGGGAAAGUGAUGGUAACCGCCUGCCUGGACAAACUGGUCCGAGUCUACGACCUGCAGUCUCACGAGCAGCUGCAGGUUUAUGGUGGACACAGAGACAUGGUGAUGUGCAUGGCCGUCUACAAGAACAUGAUCUACACGGGCUGUUACGACGGCAGCGUGGAGGCCGUCAAGCUGAAUCUGAUGCAGAACUACCGCUGCAGGUGGCACGGCUGUCCGCUGGUGUUCGGGAUGACAGAGCACCUGCAGCAGCACCUCGUCAACGACCACACGAGUGGUGCCAACGUCCAGACGCUCAAGUGCCGCUGGAAGAAAUGUGAAGAGUUUUUCUGCGCACGCAACAGCUCCAAGCAGGGGAUCCUGCUGCACAUGCAGAAACACGGCGAGGAGGAGACGGAGGCGGAGCCUUGAAGAGCUGCAGAGUUCCUCUCCUCUUCCCCCCCUCCCCCCCUGCCUCGUCUUUAACCUCCCAUAUUGGGGGGGCAUUAUCUUAUCUUGGGACCCACUUAACUUAGCAGCGCUCCCGUGGCGCCUGACGAGUGGCGUCCAACGACUCCAUCCUUUAUGUUCCGUGUUGGAAUCCAACCUUAAUAACACAAUGAUGAUGGGAGGACGCUCGGGUGUGCUUUUUUUAACCUUCUACAAACACGCCUUCCUCUCUCUCUCUCUCUCUGUCUGACCACGUUUCACUGACCAAAGUACGACACAGAAACUUGCUCAUUGACUUUUGUUUGUUGAAGAAACUUCAGAGUUGCCGGCGUCGGAGGGAAUCGUUUUCACUUUCACUGAAACUGCGACGAGAAGCGCUGAAUGUGCGCGGCGGGAUGGUCGGCUCCAUUAUGGCAUGGGUUAGGAGAUGUUUUUAUUGUUGUUGUGAUGUGUUUGUUGAGCAACUUAAACGUCUUUUCUUUUCUUUUUUCGAUUAGACUGACAGUCAUCACCGCUCGUAUGAACCGGACGGCGUGAUGAUUUGAGUUUCAUUGAAGUGAGACUAUUUAUUUCUUUCUGGUUUGUUUUUUUGUUUUAUUUCCACUUCUCUAACGGUUUCUUUUUUUUUUCAUUUUGGUUUGUUUUCUCGUUGCUCAGACGUUGAAGGACUUUGGCGCCGUGUUGUGUCGGCAUUUGAGAUUUUGACUUUUGCAGUGAUAACCGAACCGAGGCGUUUAUCGGAGUGGAGCGUUAACCUCGGUGUUCCUCGAGUGAGCGUGCAGAAUUGUUUUUAUGACACUGUUUCCUCCUCGGAGAUGUUUGUUUUUUAUUUUGAGUUUUUAUUUUAUUUUUUAAAUGUGGGGGAUUGAGCGAGCAGAACGCCGUUUCCCACAGAGACGAAGCGUGGAGGUGAAGGAUGAUUCAUGAAGGUGUGCGAUGGAGGAGUGAGACGGGGAAAGGUUAAGAGUUCAUCUCCCAUGCCAUACUUCAUCCAGGCGAAACAGGCGAAACAAAACGCCCCCUUUUUAAAAAAAAAAACACGGCUUGUUCAGAUAUGUUGAAUCAGUGAGGGGCGGAGCCUAAGCUCUCACGCACACUGUUGUUGUGGCUACAGCUCGCUCUCUCUCUCUCUCUCGGUUGCGUCCUCCUCUUGAGGGUUUGUUCUCAUAGCCGCCAUCUUCCCAACUCGCCUCGCCCGUUUCUUUCAUGACUCGAGGAAAGCAUGCGGUUCCCCUCCUGACCCGGCAUUCCUGAGUUUCUUCAACUUUUUCAGUUCUUAUCGAAGUUGUGAAGAGAUGUUUUUUAAGAAAGUGCAAUCUAUGACGUUAACAAUAAUUAUGACAAUUAAAAAAAAAAAAAAGUUUUAACUGCUAAA